CAAGGCCAACAGAUCUGCAAGCGUGGCACCGAGAAGCCCUGCUAUAAAAUCGCCUACUUUCAGGACAACCAACGUAAACUCAACUUUGAAGAUGCCAGCCGAGCCUGCAGGAGUGAUGGUGGAGACCUUCUCAGUAUUGAAUCUAAGUCUGAGCAGAAGCUGAUAGAGAAUUUAAUCUAUGAAUUGAAAGCAUCAGAUGGAGACUUCUGGAUUGGGCUCCGUAGGGACCAAGGCUAUGAGGAGAUAAAUAGAGACUGCCCAUCUCAGUACUACUGGCUGGACGGAAGCCAGGCAACAUUCAGGAACUGGCACUUGGAUGAGCCUUCUUGUGGGUUUGAGGUGUGUGUUGUGAUGUACCAUCAGCCCUCUGCUCCUCCUGGUCAGGGUGGAGCUUACAUGUUCCAGUGGAAUGAUGACAAUUGUGAAACCAAGAACAACUUUAUCUGCAAGUACAGCAAAGAUAAACCUCCAGCACCCAUCCCUGCUGAGAAUAGAACAUUUGGAGAUGCUCUUCAGACACCCAGAUACCCUUCUGUCACAGUGAAGGAUGAUGGCAUGAGGACGGUUGUAUCUGAACUUGCAGACAAUGCUCUCAAUAUUGCCUACAUUGUACUGCCUACUAUACCACUACUACUGCUAUUGAUUGUGGCAACAGGAGUUUUCUGCUUCAAGCUUUUCACUAAGAGCAGGAAGAAAGAACAAUCUGAGACCUGUCCAAAGGAAACAGGGAACUGGGCAGCAGGGGAAAGAUGCCAAAGCCCGAGCCCUGACAUCUACAAUGUCAUCCGAAGGCAGCACGAAUCAGACCUAGCCAGCACACGCCCCAACAUCAAGAACACUUCCUUCCUGGGUUCUUCUCCAGACACUCCACCAGGAGAUUAUGACAACUUGCCACACAGGGACACUGAGAGCGGUUUUGUGACACUGGCCAGCACUGAGAGCGACUUUGUGACCAAUGAAAUGUUUGAUACUUUGCAAGGCCGUGGAAGUGGGAGAUACUACAGAGACCAAGGAUGGAUGGAUGAAUUAUAUGAAUACUGAUUUGUAAGAGGAACAUUAGUCUGAUCCUGGAUUCUCCCUUUGAGAAUAAACCAAUAGUGGCUGUUGAUGUCUUCACAAAGUUUUGGUGCCAGAUAUCCAUAAUC